UCAGCAGAGCCCUAUCGCUGCGAGUGGCCGGUUAAGCGAGAAUUGCGAGUUGUGGGCACAUCCCGGAAUUUCGAGCCAACUUCUGGACAAUUGAACUCUUUCGACAACCCAUACACAUACCCUCCGACCAAUUUCGACAUGGCCGAUAUCGAUGUCAAGGUCGCUUCCUGGAAGCUGGUUGAGGUUGGCCGCCUGGUGCUAAUCCGCAGCGGUCCCUACGAAGGCAAGCUCGCCGCCAUCGUUGAGAUCGUGGACCACCGCCGUGUCCUGGUCGACGGUCCCUCCUCCGAGGAGAACAAGAUCGUUCCCCGUCACGUUCUUCCUCUCGCCCACGCCACCCUCACUCACUUCACCAUUCCCCAGCUCCCCCGUGCUGCCGGUACCGGUCCCGUGAAGAAGCUCUGGGCUAAGAACGAGAUUGAUGGCAAGUGGGCCAAGAGCGCCUUCGCUCAGCGCACCGACCGCUCUGAGCGCCGCAAGAACCUGUCCGACUUCGAGCGGUUCAAGGUUCUCCGCCUCCGCAAGCAGGCCCGCUACGAGGUCCAGAAGUCCUACGCCAAGGUCCGCGCUGCCAACAAGUCAUAGAUGAUUACGAGGUUUCGGUGCAUGGGUUGAAGGAGGUGUCCUGGAAGGGUUUCCAUUGCUGGUCCUCCGGCAAAACAGCUGUAUGCAUUAUCAAUGAACAGCAAAAAUGAUUCAAAAUCCUUGAUAUCCCGACAAGGGGCCUUUGUCAUCGGUUUUCUUUCCUCCGUGGACUACUUUUAUAUCCCCAAUUUAUCCACGGGAUCGUCUUUCUCUCUCCAAAAAAGAACAAAAUUAGAAGCAGGG